AUGCAAGGGGGCAGACUGCUGGCUCUGCUCGUAUUCGCUGGACUUUCCCUGCUCAGCUAUAAGUACGUGCACAGCGGCGAGCUGGCGCACUUCGUGCUCAAAAUACAGGCCAACCCGCUGGGCUCCCUGCACGUCUUCGUGCUGUUCCACAUCUCCGCGGUGGUGCUGCUCUUCCCGGCCAUGCUGCUCCAGGCCAUCACGGGUGCGCUGUACGGCCUGUACGCGGGGCUCGUGGUGUCGUGGUUCGCGUCAGCCGUGGGGCAGUCGCUGGCCUUCCUGCUGGGGCGGUACCUAUUCCGGUCGUCUGUCAAGGCCUACCUGGUGCAGCGGGUCCCCAACUUCCCGCAAAUAGAGGCGGCCAUCAAGAAGGAGGGCUGGAAGCUCAUGUGUCUGCUGCGUCUGUCACCCAUCCUGCCGUACAACAUCCUCAACUACGCUGCCGCGCUCACGCCCAUCUCCUUCUUUGCCUACUCGCUCUCCUCCGCUGCCGCCAUCAUCCCGUGGACCUGCCUCUAUGUAUAUUUAGGCACACUCUCAACGAGCGUCGUGGCAGAGCUCGCCCGCGGCAAGCUGGUGCCGCAAUACAGGUACCGCCGCGCCAACCCCGGUGGCGAUGGCGGCGAUAGCGACAGCGACGGCAGUCGCAUACAUAUGCUCGUGAGCUCAUCCAUAUAUAUGGCGCUGCUCUGCGUGACGAUAGUGUACGGCUACGUGCUUAGUAAGCGGGCUAUCACUUCCGUGCUUAAGUCGGUGGGGGACGCGGGGCCUGGGUCGGGAGCUGUGGGGCCGCAGGGGAGCCAGGACGUGGAGCUGUCGUCGUCAGGAGAAAGGUACGUAUACCCAACCACAGUAUAUAGCAGAGACGCCUAUAAUGUCAAUCAAAGCUCGAAAAUUCUAUUCUCCAAGCCAAUACUGGCGGCGCCACGCCACGCCACGGCGCAGAGCAAAUGCCGCCUGGCGGGUCGCGGAAGUGGACGAUGA